GUUGAGAACAUAACCUAUUUUACCGGGUGUUUGAGGUUAUAAUUGAGAUAUUGUAUAAUUGAGUCAAUGUUAAAAAUUUGUUUUAUUGCAAUACAUUUUUAUUAUGUUAAGCAUUAACGACAGAAAAACGUGACAUGAAUGUAAUUAAAAUAUUCAGUUCUUUUGUAUUUGCAGAAAGUAAUGAAUUCUAUUUAAUAUAUUGUGAAUUUUGAUUUGUGUGUGAAAUUAAUAGAUUAUGUCUCGUUUACAAAGUGUGAUAAGACUACACAAAAUCUACUUUAGAAAUGGAAUUUAUCGGUCUUUUCUUACCAAUAACAAAAAUGUUCAAUCCUCUACCGAUGUAGAGUUUGCUGACAGGGGCAAUCUGAGGAUAUCCAGUGGUAAAUAUGCAAGAUUCACAGAUGGUUGUGCGGUUGCUGAGCAGGGAGACACAUCGGUGAUGGUGACAGCUGUUAGCAAGCCUAAGCUGACUCCCUCUUCCUUUCUACCUCUGACUGUAGACUAUCGUCAAAAAGCAGCGGCGGCUGGCAGAAUCCCGACCAAUUUCCUGAGACGCGAACUGGGACCAACGGAACAUGAGAUUCUUGUCAGUCGCGUGAUAGAUCGCUCUCUGAGGCCACUAUUCCCGCUUGGAUUCAACUAUGAGACACAACUAGUCGUCAACUUGUUGGCUGUAGACGGCGUUCACGACCCUGAGAUAUUGAGCAUCAACGCGGCCUCGGCAGCUCUCAGCCUGUCUGACAUUCCUUGGAACGGUCCCAUUGGAGCCGUCAGAGUCGGCCUCAUCGACAAUGAAGUCAUUAUCAAUCCAAGUCGUAAGGAAUUGACGAUCAGUGACCUCAAUCUGAUAGUUGUUGCCACAAGCCAGAGUCUGGUUGUUAUGUUGGAAGGCUUCUGCAAUAACAUUCUGCAACAGUACUUCCUCAAAGCUAUCAAAUCCGGUGUUAAAGAGUGUCAAAAAAUAGUGCAGUCGAUACAACAACUACAAAAGCAAUGUGGAAAAGUGAAAAGGACGUUUGAAGCAAAAGCUCAACCUAGUCCAGAAUUGUUAGAAGCAGUAAAAACUAUGUCUAUUAUGAAAUUAAAAGAUAUACUCACAGACUUUAGUUUAGAUAAAGUUAGUAGGGAUGAAAAACUUAGAGAAGUUAGAACAGACUUAUUGGAAAAAUUGAAAAAUGGAAUGGAGGUUGCGCCCAGCCAAGAGGAUAUUGGAGAGGCAUUCAACUCUGUCGGCAAAGAUGUAUUUCGUGAAUUAGUGUUUGAAACUAAACUAAGGUGUGAUGGAAGAGAACUAGAUGAAAUAAGACCGAUUUCUUGCGAAGUGAACAUGUUCAAUCCCCUACAUGGUUCUGCACUGUUCCAGCGAGGUCAAACUCAAGUAUUAUGCACUGUAGCAUUGGACUCACUCGACUCUUCAUUAAAAAUGGAUCAAAUCACCAUGCUUACCAGUGGUUUGAAGGAGAAAAACUUUUUUCUUCAUUACGAAUUUCCACAAUAUGCUGUAAAUGAGAUUGAGCGUGCAGGAGGCUCGAAAAGACGCGAGCUUGGUCAUGGAGCUCUUGCUGAGAAAGGGUUGAGAGCAGUAGUUCCCAAUGACUUUCCAUUCACGAUUCGGUUAUCGUCUGAAGUUCUAGAAUCUAAUGGAUCGUCAUCUAUGGCGUCAGUGUGUGCAGGAAGUAUGGCGUUGAUGGAUGCUGGAGUUCCUAUCAGUUGUCAUUCAGCUGGUGUAGCCAUUGGAUUACUUUCCAAGUACGAAAACAACGACACCAAACACAUGGAAGAUUAUUGUAUUCUCACUGACAUUUUGGGCAUUGAAGAUUAUUUAGGAGAUAUGGACUUCAAACUGGCAGGAACUAAGAAGGGAAUUACUGCUAUACAGGCUGACAUUAAAAUUCCUGGCCUCCCGUUGAAAGUUGUGAUGGAGGCUGUGGAGGCUGCAACAGUUGCUAAGUCAAAAAUAAUUGACAUAAUGAAUAACACAAUAGAUAAGACAAGAAAAGAUGUAAAAGAAUCUUGGCCAGUCACUGACAAAAUAGAAAUUCCCGCUCAUAAAAGGUCCAGAGUUAUUGGACCUGGUGGAAUGAAUUUGAAGAAAAUCAUGUUGGACACAGGAGCUCAACUGUCGCCUGGAGAAGACAAUAUAUUCACGAUAUUCGCUCCGAAUAAAUGUGCAAUGGACGAAGCUGUGGAAAUCAUCAACAAACUGAUAGCCAAGGAAAGAGAACCUCAGUUGGAGUUUGGAUCGAUAUAUACGGCGAAAGUGGUUGAAAUCAGGGAUAUCGGUGUUAUGGUAACAUUAUACCCGGACAUGCCUCCAGCCCUCAUUCAUAAUUCGCAGCUCGAUCAACGAAAGAUCAAUCAUCCGAGUGUUCUCGGCUUGGAAGUGGGCCAAGACCUGCAGGUGAAAUACUUUGGCCGAGACCCCGUCUCCGGACAAAUGAGGCUUUCCAGGAAAAUUUUGUUUGCUCCACCUUCAACGGUUGUCAAAAAUCACGGCCACACUGAAUCUAGCUGAAGUGCAAAAAAUGUACUUUUUCCGUAGUAACUGAAUUCCCUUCCUAUUGCAAAGGCCAAAAAUGAACUCUGCAUAAAAUGUGUAUAGUUGAGUAUUUUAUAAAACGUUAAACAUUAACAUUAAAAGUGUUACAUAUUUGUACUGGAUUACAAAUGGUUUCUUGAAUUUAUUCUUCAACUUUCAUACAGAGAUUAUCUUAUUUAUCCUUAAUUCUUAUCAGUUUAGUUGACUGUGCAUCAGAUGUUUACUAAUCCAAGUCUCAACCAUAUUAAAUUUAUGAGUUCCAUUCAAGAUUAUAUGCAGAUUGAAAAUGUGAGUUUU